AUGGCGUUUAUCCAUACAGCAUCCAUGGAGUGUGCCAAAUCCGAACUGGACCUGUUUGAUAUAAAACCGACACAGACCAGCAUAGAAAAAAGUCUGUAUGUAGAAGUGCAGCCGCUCGCAGCCAUUUCUGAAACUUCACCGCUUGAAUUCUACAUCGCAGGAAGUGGAGAACAUUAUUUUGAUUUGAAUAACACCCUAUUAUAUAUUACGUGUAAAAUUGUAAAAAAUGACAAUUCGCAAAUUCCUGAAGGAGCGCGCGUCAGUCUAAUCAACUACCCUAUAGCGACUCUGUUCAAUCAACUGGAUGUCACCCUUGGUGAUAGAUUAAUAUCACAAUCUAAUAAUUUGUACUCUUACAGAGCAUACAUCGAGACGCUUCUGAAUUAUAGCGCCGAUGCUUUGUCUACACAGUUUACAGCCGGUUUAUUCUACAAAGAUACAGCCGGGCAUCAUCAAGACCGUGUGCUAAACGGAGACAAUAAUGGUUUUACAAAACGGGCUCAAAUGACAGAACGCGGAAAAACUGUAGAACUACUAGGACAUCUACACAGCGAUAUUUUUUUCCAAGAAAAACUCAUACUGAAUGGUUUGGACUUGAAAAUAAAACUCACCAGAAAUAAAGAUACAUUUUGUUUAAUGUCUGCAGAACAGGAUCCAUUAAAAGUGCAAAUUCUAAACGCGACGCUAUUCAUCAAACGCGUGCAAAUUUCGCCGGCUGUGCGAAUAGGUCACGCCCAAGCGCUUUUAACCGGUAAUGCUAAGUACGCCAUUGAACGUGUUAGUAUGAAAGUAUUCAGCGUACCAACAGGAAGCCGAGUUUGUAAUCAAGAGAAUCUGUUCCUGGGGCAGAUACCAAAGUUUGUAAUUUUAGCAUUUGUUGAUAAUGAAGCAUUUUCUGGCGCUUACGACAGAAACCCUUUAUGCUUUAAACAUAACAAUGUGAAUUUUGCGGCUCUCUAUCUGGAUGGUGAACAAAUACCCGCAAAACCGUUUCAACCCGAUUUUGAACACUUUAACGCUGUACGUGAAUAUAUGGCAUUUUUACAAUUGGCACAGAAGAACUGCAGCGAUUCGGGAGUUAUCAUCGACAGAGAAGAAUUUGUGAACGGUUAUACGUUAUUUGCUUUCGAUCUAUCUCCUGAUCAAGAGUGUAAUACCCACUUCUCACUCAUUCGGUCCGGUAACCUGAGGGCCGAAAUACGUUUUUCCAGGGCAUUGGAACGCACCGUAAAUCUGUUGGUUUACGGUCAGUUUGAAAAUAUUAUCGAAAUAAAUCAACGUAGGGAAGUGCUGUACGAUUACCUCUAA